AUGUCGUCGACGUUGGUGUCCCGCCUCCCCGAGCUGCGGCGAAGCAUCUGCAGACGAUGCGCCGGGCUCUCAGUAGUCCAAUUGCAGCAGAACCGACCCAGGUGGAUAUCCCAAGGGGUAGUGGAAAAGCGCGAGAUUGGAGAAACGGAGUGGGCGAAGCGCGCCGCGGCUAUCAAGCAGGGUGAUGCCCAGAAUAUUUGGGACAUCUUUGAGGAACGAGGUUAUAUCAAGGACGUCGCAGGACGAACACCACAAGUCAAAGAGCUCCUACGAACCAAACGAAUAGGCGCAUACGUCGGAGUCGAUCCGACGGCAGAGUCCCUCCACGUCGGCCACCUACUCCCCUUCAUGCCCCUUUUCUGGAUGUACCUCCACGGCUACACCGCUGUGUCGCUGGUUGGUGGUGCAACGGGCAGGAUAGGCGAUCCGACGGACCGCUUGAAAACCCGCGAGGUCAUGGCAAACAGCGAGGUGUCGAUGAACAUCACAAAGCUCCACUACCAGCUUAAAAAGCUUUGGGCCAAUGUCGAGGCGCUCGGGCGCAAGUACGGCACGCAGCCUGACUGGGCGGCCAAGAGGCAUCUCGUCAACAACAACAUGUGGUGGCAGGGCUUACCGAUGUACGAUGUCAUGAAGAGGCUGGGCCGCUACAUGCGGUUAGGGCCAAUGCUCAGCCGUGAUACCGUCAAAAACAAGAUGGAAAAGGGCGACGGCAUGUCCCUUGCGGAAUUUAUUUACCCCUUGAUGCAGGGGUGGGACUUCUGGCAUCUGUACUCCAAGCUGGGUGUGCAGAUGCAGAUCGGGGGAUCUGACCAGUUUGGCAACAUCGUGACGGGUAUCGAGGCUGUCAAGACGAUUCGGUCUUCGGAGGAGAACCCCUAUGUGAGGAUGCCCGAGACCUGGAAGGAUGAUCCCAUCGGCUUCACCGUGCCCCUCCUGACAGACAGCGCGGGCGCCAAAUUUGGCAAGAGCGCCGGCAACGCCGUCUGGCUCGACCCUUUCAAGACCAGUGCCUUCGACCUAUACGGAUACUUCGCCAGACGGCCCGACAACGAGGUCGAGAGGCUGCUCAAGCUCUUCACUUUCCUGCCGAUGGCCAACAUUCAGCGGUUGAUGGCUGAGCACGCCCAAGACCCGCCCAAGAGAAUCGCCCAGCACACCCUCGCCUUCGAGGUUCUGUCACUGGUUCACGGCGCCGACGUCGCCAUCCGGGAACAGCAGCAGCAUCAGUUUAUGUACAGCAAAGGCGGUAACUCCGCGCAGAUCGCCGCCGCCGCCGCUGCCACCGCCAACACACCGGGUGCGGGAGACGACAUGGCCCCUUACAAGGCCGUCGAGGGCCAGCCGACGACGCUGAACAACGCCCCCAAGAUGGAUAUACAGCUCCCCGAGGACCUCAUCUACAAUCAAGGCAUUGCUCGCAUUCUCUACGCCGCGGGUCUGGCGUCAUCCGUCAGCGAUGGCCACCGCAUCGCACGCGCAGCGGGCGCUUACGUCGCCGCGGCGCCGGGCAAGGACAUGCGCGGCCUCGUCCCCGGCAAUCUCGACUGGACGCCUGUCAAGCUCUGGUUUCCCCAGGAUGUGCCCAAGUUCCUCAUUGACGGGCGCGUGCUUAUCCUCCGCAAGGGGAAGCACAAUGUGCGUAUCAUCGAGGUCGUAAGCGACCAAAGCUGGCAAGAAAGCGGCAGGUCAUACCCCGGCGAGCCGUUCAAGGGUAAGACGCGCGUGCUGCUGAACCAGCUCAAGGAGGUCGCUGCCGCCGAGGGCCGCAAGCUGUCGCGCAGCGCCCUUGAGCAGAUGGUCAGAGAGAAGAUGGCCGCCGAGGAGGAGGAGGUCGCCGUCGCAAACAACCCGGAUAUCAAGUUCCCCACCAAGAGCGAGCGACGGCAGCAGGCAUCUGGGGAGGGCCACAAACCGCAGUAG